UGACUGGUCCUCGUGUCUCGAUUUCACACCUGGGUGAGUUUUACCUUUUGCCCCAUGGAGCUUUCUAGUCUUGGGCUGUGCAUGUAAUUAAUGGUUGAUCGAAAGGGGCAUGAAGGGCACAGCCAGGCAGUUAAUUUUAACUCUGGUGUCAUGGUUUCCGCCCAAGCCGCCCACAUGGCAGCGAAGGAGCCUGAGACACACCUGCCCUUCCAGCCGGACUCCCCUUCCUCCUUUCCUUCCCCUCUGAAGGCCGCUUUCUGGUGCACGAUGGAGGGCCGGUUCUCUGGGCUGAUUCGGCACCAGAAGUUUUACCAAAUGAUCCUCGUGCUGGGGAUUGGUGGCAACCUCCAGAUUGGUUAUCAGAUUUCUGUGAUCAACUAUCCCUCCAUGUAUAUCAAGAAAUUCAUGAAUGAGACCUGGCUUGAGCGCUCUGGCUCCCCGCUGCCUGAAGGUGCCAUCUUGUUCCUGUGGUCAUUCAUUGUGUCUAUCUAUGGGGCAGGAGGAUUGCUGGGCUGCCUCUGCAGUGCCUACCUGACUGUAAAAUAUGGCAAGAAGAGGACCAUGCUGGGGACUGACCUGCUCAUUCUCGCGACGGCUCUGCUCGUGGCCUUCAGCAAGAGAGCCAAGUCCUUCGAGAUGAUCCUGAUUGGGCGGUUCUUCUUUGGCGUGAGCGCCGGCUUUUGCUUGACCAUCCACCCACAGUAUGCCGGAGAAGUUUCACCCAAGAACCUCAGAGGCUUCGCAAACGCCACGUCCGCCUUCUUUUGGUCCUUGGGGAAAUCCUUGGGCCAAAUCUUGGGGCUCAGGGAGUGCCUGGGCACAGAGUCCUCCUGGCCUUCGCUCCUGGCCUUCAUUGGGGCCACAGCCUUCCUCCAGCUGCUAACUCUGCCCUUCUUCCCCGAAUCUCCUCCGUACCUCUUGAUCCAGAAGGGAAACGAAGGCGCCUGCGUGAAGGCCAUGCACCAGCUCUGGGGCCAAGAAGAUCACCAGCAGGAACUCAGUGACCUGAAGCAGGAAGCGGAAAACAGCACCAAAGUCCUGAGUGCGAGAGAGCUGCUCAGAGACCAGUCCCUGCGCCGGCAGCUGCACAUACUCGUGGCGGUCGUCGUCACCCUCCAGCUCUGCGGCAUCAACGCAGUCUAUUUCUACACUUUUGAAGUCUUCCGCACAGCCGGUUUUGCAGAGGACCUCCUCCCUUACGUCUCGCUGGGCGUGGGCUUCUGUGAGCUCCUUUCCUCCUUCCUCUGUAUUCUGACAAUUGAGAGAUUUGGACGGCGGACCCUCCUGUGGCAGGGCUGUGGCAUGAUGGCGCUUGUCCUUUUUCUCCUCACAGUUACUCUCUCAGUACAGAACAAAACCCACUGGGCGUCGUACUGCAGCGUCACUCUGGUUUUCCUCUUUGUUCUCUUCUUUGGAAUCGGACCAAAUGGAGCCUCCAUGUCUGUCAUGAUGGAAAUCUUCAGCCAGUCUUCCAGACCAGCAGCUUUCCUGAUUGGCGGCUGCCUGAAUUGGGCCGGCCUCUUUGUCAUUGGAAUCACCUUCCCAUUUGCUGUGGAUCAUCUGGGCCCUUUCUGUUUCCUCCUCUUCAUGGCUGUCCUUGUGGGAUCAGGAAUCUUCUUCUACCUGUUCCUCCCAGAGACGAAAGGGAAGUCCAUUGUGGAAAUCACAGAGGAAUUCAGCAACCCAUCACCUUUUCAGAAGAGACUAACCUCUGCCCUUCGGACAGGCUUCCGGGAUGACCUCUCUGCCUACACCAGGGGCCUCCUGGGCACUAUGGCCAGCGGGUACUUUACAACAAAGUUCGGGAAAAAGAAAUGCCUCUUGGGCACCAACCUCAUCAUGCUGUUGGGGGCUGUCCUCAUGGGCUUCAGCAAGGUGGCCAACUCCUUUGAGCUGAUCCUGGCAGGUCGCUUCCUGUGUGGCAUCAGCACCAGUAUCUGUGUCCUUCUCCACCCUCAGUAUGUCGGGGAAAUUUCCCCCAAGAAGCUCCGUGGAUUUGCAAAUUCAACUGCCUCCAUCUUCUGGAGCCUGGGGAAAGUCCUGGGUCAGGUGAUGGGGCAAAGAGAGUUCCUAGGAAACGCUUCGCUGUGGCCGCUGCUGCUGGCCUCCCACGGCGUGACUGCCCUGCUCCAGCUGCUGACUCUGCCCUUCUUCCCCGAGUCCCCACCUCACCUGUUCCUGAGCAAAGGGGAUGAGGAAGGAUGCCGAAAAGCCAUGAAGACCCUCUGGGGGCGAGGGCCUCACCAGGUGGAGCUGGACGACCUGAAGAAGCAGCAGUCUGCCUUGUGGAGCACCAAGAGUGUCUUGGAAGUGAUGAAGGAUCCGGCCCUGCGCCGGCAGCUGUACAUCCUUUUCCUGUUGGCUGUGACCCUACAGUUGACCGGCAUCCACACAAUUUACAGCUACACGUUUGAAGUCCUGCAGACGGUUGGUUUCGACGACGACCACAUCCCAGCCUUGUCUUUGGGGAUCAGCCUCAGCGAGCUCCUCUCUGCCGUCUUCUGUAGUGUCAUCAUUGAGCGUUUUGGAAGAAGAAUACUGCUCUGGGGAGGUUAUGGACUGAUGGCCACAGUGCUGGCUGCUGUCACGCUGACCAUCUCCUUGCAGCAUUCCUUCUCCUGGAUGCCCUACUGCAGCCUUGCCCUGAUAUUCUGCUUUGUGAUCUGUUUUGGAGCCGGCCCAGCCGGGGCCGGGGCGUCUGUGAGGAUGGAGAUCUUCGACCAGUCCUCCAGGUCGUCUUCCUACGUGAUCAGUGGAGUCUUAAACUGGAUCGGAUUCUUCUCUAUAGGAAUGGUGUUCCCAUUUGUCGUGGAACGCAUUCAUCAGUUCAGCUUCCUCAUCUUCAUGGGCACUCUCUACAUUUCCGCAAUCGUUAUUUACUUCAUCCUGCCGGAGACCAAGGGGAAAUCGAUCCUAGAAAUCCGAGAAGAGUUUGAUAAACUCAAUUUUAAGAAGAAGCAGGCUCUUGGCUCAGAAACGAGCUUCGCAGGAGACCCUAAUUUUUCUGAGAACUACUGUGUAUUUUUCCCACUGUGGGGCACCAGGAGAUUGCCUUCUGGAUUUGCUUUGUCUUUACAGAUUCAAUAUCGUGGAUUGUUCCAGAUGAUCUUUGUCCUGGGCAUAGGUGGCAGCUUCCCAUAUGGGUUUCACAUUUCUGUGAUCAACUACCCCUCCUUGUACAUUAAAAAAUUCAUCAACGAGACCUGGCUGGAGCGGCAUGGCUCCCCUCUCCCUCAAGAGACCAUCCUUUUGCUGUGGUCCUUCAUCGUUUCCAUCUACGGCAUAGGGGGGCUUUUGGGAAGUGUCUGCUGUGGGUACCUGACCACAAAAUAUCGGAAAAAGAAAUGCCAGAUGUUCACCAACUUGAUCAUGCUGGCGGCUGCGUCGCUCAUGGGUUUCAGCAAGAUGGCCGGGUCCUUUGAGAUGAUCCUCCUGGGGCGCUUUCUCUACGGAGUCGGCAUCGGGUUUUCCUUCAACAUACACCCUCAAUACGUGGGAGAGAUUUCUCCAAAGAAGCUGCGCGGAUUUACAAAUGCCACCGUGGCUGUUUUCUUGACCCUCGGGAAAGUCUCAGGACAAGUGAUGGGCUUGGGGGAAAUGUUGGGCAGUGACUUCUUGUGGCCUUUGCUACUGGCUUCCAGUGGGCUCACUGCAGUGGUCCAGCUACUGACCCUCCCUUGCUUCCCCGACUCCCCAUCCUACCUUCUGAUCCAGAAGGGCAAUGAAGAAGCCUUCAUGAAAGCCAUCAAGCAGCUCUGGGGCGAAGGUGACCACCAAGUGGAGAUUGAGGACCUCAAGAAAGAGAAGUCCGCCGUGGCCACCACCAAGAGCCUGCGCGUCCUGGAGCUGAUGAAGGCCCGCUCCUUCCGCUGGCAGCUCUACGUGAUGAUCACAGUCAUGACCACCUUGCAGCUCUGCGGCAUCAACGCAAUCUAUUUCUACUCCUUUGAAGUCUUCCGCACAGCCAGGUUUGAAGAGGAGCUCGUUCCGUACAUCGCUUUGGGCGUGGGGAUGUGUGAGUGCCUCUCGUCCAUCCUGUGCAGUUCCCUCAUUGAGCGCUUUGGACGGAAGCUUCUGCUCUGGGGGGGCUACGCUGCGAUGGUCCUGGUCCUGGCUUUGCUCACCCUGACCCUCUCGCUCCAGCACCGUUUCUUCUGGAUGCACCACUUCAGUGUGGUCCUCAUCUUCCUCUUUGUGCUCUUCUAUGGGAUUGGGCCUUCUGGAGCCACCAUUGCCGUGAUGGUUGAGAUCUUCAACCAGACCUUCCGCCCGUCGGCCUUUGUGAUCGUGGGGUUCAUCAACUGGAUGGGUCUCUUCCUGCUCGGGAUGAUCUUUCCGUUCAUUGUGGAAUAUCUCGGCCCCUUCUGCUUCCUGCUCUUCAUGGGCAUCCUUACAGCCUCGGGCGUUUUCAUCUUCUUGUUCCUCCCGGAAACAAAAGGGAAAUCUAUCAUGGAAAUUACAGCAGAGUUUAAUAAGCUGAAUUAUGGAAAGAAACAAGUUUUUCCUGCUGAAAAUAAAGUUCCUCAGGAAACCAUCUUCUGCACCAGGCUCUAACACCCCAUUUGCAGAAUCUCCAGCUCUGGAGCAGGGGAGAGAGGAGGGUGAAGAGUCACUAGCUCUGCCCCAUGCAAAGAAAACAACAGCCUGCCCGUGGCUUUCAGCCAAGAUGGGACAUUUCACCAGUUUACAUCCUGUUUCCAGUUUACAUCCUGUUUCCCAUGAGAGACAGGUUAUCUAUGGUUUGUUUACUCCCAACAAAUUGCAAUCUGAAGCCAUGGUUUGUUGUUGGCUUAUGAACCUUGGUUUGGUGUUAUGUCUAACGUGUCUUUAACCAUGGUUUGCUUGAACCCUUGACAAAAAAACCCUCACCAAACCAAAAAGGCAAAAGCAACUGAAAAACAAGUGAAAUAUUGGAGAAGGAGGCCACAACUUGUUUAAUUUUCUGUGGG